AUGACGAAACGACCCAAUUUCCUCAUCAUCCUUGCAGAUGACUUGGGCUUUUCUGAUGUCGGCUGCUUUGGAAGCGAAAUCAAAACGCCCAACAUCGACAAGCUUGCGCAAAAUGGCUUGCGGUUCACAGCCGGCUUGGGUUCACUGGUUGAAUGGCUAGCCAUGCCUGCGGGAGAGAACCCCAAGGGUAUCAAAGAGAGCCAAGCACCAGCCAGAGGUAAGCCCGGGUACGAGGGCUACUUAAAUGAAAAGGUCGUACCCUUGCCUGAAAUUCUCCAAGAUGCUGGCUACUUGACUUUGUGUUCCGGCAAGUGGCAUCUUGGCUUGCGGAAAGACAAGUCCCCUUGUGCUCGAGGCUUUGAAAGAUCUUUCGCUCUUCUGCCAGGUGCAUCCAAUCAUUUUGGUUGGGAGCCUCAGUUCGAAGAGAAUGAGGCUCCGAAGCCAUUCAGUCUUACAUAUUCUCUCCACAUGGAAGACGGAGAAUACGUUCCUGAGUCCCAACUCCCUCCAGACUGGUAUUCUUCAAAUAGCUAUACCGAUAUCUUGCUACGGUACCUUAAGGAUUGGAAGGAGGAAAAUGAUGAGGCAGAAACCGACCGCCCCUUUUUUGCAUACUUUCCCUUCUCUGCUCCGCACUGGCCAUUGCAAGCCCCUCAGGAAUUCAUCCAGCAUUACCGUGGCGUGUACGAUGAUGGUCCAGAUGCUCUGCGACUCCGUCGAUUGGCAAAGUUGAAGGAAAUGGGACUUGUUGAGAAGUAUGUUGAGCCACACCCAGUCGAUGCCCCGGAAGUUCCAGAAUGGGAUCAACUCUCACCAGAGCAUCAAGCGAGGUCGGCCCGUGCCAUGGAAGUUUAUGCUGGCAUGGUCGAGUGCAUUGACCAUAAUGUAGGCCGAGUUUGCGAUCAUCUCGAAAGCAUUGGGGAGCUAGACAACACUUUUGUCGUGUUUCUGUCGGAUAACGGAGCCGAAGGAGGUGCACAUGAGGCGAAUCCGGCAUUCCAGGGCGGACCUAUGCGCUAUCUUCAACGAUACUAUGACAACAGUUUGGAAAAUUUGGGUAACUACAAUUCUUUCAUUUGGUACGGACCGCGGUGGGCACAAGCUUCUACUGCUCCGUCCCGUCUAUACAAGAGCUUUGUCACUCAGGGAGGAAUCAGAGUACCUCUUGUGGCCAAAUUCCCAUCUGGAUUUAAUUACCCGUCCUCUCCUAACGGAAUCACUCACCAGUUUGCAACAGUGAUGGAUUUGGCCCCAUCCAUACUCGAAAUGGCAGGGAUCAAACACCCGGCGCCCACAUGGAAGGGUCGAGAGGUGGUCAGUAUGCGUGGCAAAAGCAUGAUUCCUUGGUUACGUGGAGAUGCGAGCUCUAUUCACGAGAACGGUGCAGUAGAAGGGUGGGAGAUGAAUGGGCGUGCAGCGAUACGCAAGGGAAAUUGGAAGGCAAUUUACAUGCCUUCAACAAAAGCAGGGCCAUCUCCCAAGGGAUAUGAUCGAUGGGAGCUGUUCAAUCUUGACGAUGACCCCGGCGAGAUUCAUGACCUCUCUUCAGAUAGACCCGACUUGCUGAAAGAGUUGAAGCAACUUUGGGAUCAAUACGUUUUGGAUGUGGGUGUUGUGCCGCUUAACCCUGAGCUUGGGGAAUAUAUCGCGGCGACGGAGGAACAGAUGCCGAAUGAUGGCUGGCUUGAGUACGAAUAUUGGAAGAAGGGCGCCAUAGAAGACCCUGAGGCUUUUUUCCGUGCUCCUCGUCGCUUCGACCACGAGGGUACACGUAUCGCGUAG